GAUCCUCAGCAGACUUGGCAUAAAGCAUGGAUACUUGUAUGUUCUGUACAGUUGCCUGCUGAUGCUCCAGCAGACAGGAAGAAGUUAUCGUUUCUGCCAGUUUCAGUUUGAGUUUGUCCUUCCUGAGAAAUAAAUAAUACUUCUGACCAUUUCAUAACUCAAAUCCCACCCAAGUCACCAUGGAAUCAUUUCUCUCGCUCUCACUCGCUGCAGCCUGCUGUCUAUUAAUAGUGAAUAAACAAGCCUACGGGGGUCUCCUUCAAAAGCCGAACUUGUCAGUAUCUAAAAUUAAUGGAAACAACAUGAUUGUGUUGGGCGAUAGCAUCAGCCUGGAUUGUGAAACAACAUCAAAAAACAUAAAGAAGUACAGUCUGCUGAACAAUGUUACUUAUGCCUUACUGGAACAAAGUCAGUCCAAGUUUAUAUUAAAUAACGUCCAAAGAAACAUGAGUGGCUCUUACACCUGUAACUACUGUGAUGCGACGGAAUGUUCUGAACACAGUGAAUUUGUGUAUAUCGAUGUCCACGAUACCUACCCAGCUCCAUCCAUCACUGUCACACCUCGAAGAAUUGUUCUACCAGGAAACAACAUCACAAUAAUGUGCAGAACCAAUUAUUCCAACAUAAUCUUUUCUCUAUAUAAAGACAAUGUCAUUAUAAAAAAAUACGGUAAAGGGGAAAAUCCAGUCACUUAUCAUAUGACAAAUGCAUCAAACAAAGACAACGGACAGUACACCUGCAUGUUUGAAAAAAAUUCCAGUGGCGUAGUAGAAAUGGAAUCUUUCGAAACCAAUCCUAUGAUGAUACAAGUUGUGGACCUCGAAAAACCUUCUAUCACCUGUGAAGCCCAACCCAAAGACAGCGGGAAGAUUAGAAUCUUUUGUGCCGCACCCAAAAAUGGAAUACAUAUGUGGUUUAAACUCCUCAACGAUAACAAUGACAUUGAAUAUGAAACUGAAGGGCGAAAAAAUAAUGUGACAUUCAUCAUCAAGCAAACAACUCAACCCAAAAAGUGCAUCUGCGCGUAUCGUGUACGGCUGGGAGAUGACUUUGCAGAUUCCAGAAUCAGUAACUUGAAGACCAUUCCUGAGGUGCAAGGCAGACCACUAAUCACUAAGGAGACUGAUAAGGAUAUGGUACUAGUUACAUGUAAAGCACCAAAGAGGCACCCGGGAAUGUGGUUUCAGCUCUUAAACAAAGACAAAGAAAUUCAGGAGGAACGGCGAAACGUGGAUUCUGAUAGCGUGACAUUCCACAUCAAUAAAACUGAAAAUACAAAUAAUAACUUCACAUGCGUUUAUCAAGUAAAGAUGGAAUGUGGCUUUGUACCUUCUGCCUACAGUGAGAUAAUAGAUUUUAAUCCAAAGGACUAUACCUGGAUGAAUAUCAUCCGACUGUUUGUGGCGGCAGUUAUACUUCUUGGCAUUGGUGUGCUCAUUCUAUUACAUUUCAACAUCUUCCCAAAACGAUAUGAUAGAGAACGAAACAAAAAAGUAAUAGAAGAAGAAGAAUACCAAGUGAUACAACAAGAUAGUCCACCUGACCUUCCCCAAUGUAGCUUCAGAUAUGUUUCAGCCGCUGCAGAGCAACAGUUGUAAUAACCGGGCACAAAAGAGAUGGCCACGCUCAUUCAUUACUGGAAGCGCAAGAAAAACAAGAAUAUUCUCAACACAUGUCUAUGCUUUAUCUGAAACACCUAUUUCUAUCAUUGACAGAUAUUUAGAUCAAACACAAUUUAGACAAUCUAUGUUUAAUGGGAAAAUAUUCCGAGAUAAUUUGCUAUUGCUUUUAAUGUUUUAUUACUUGUGGCUUUUGUGUUAUUUUUUUAUGCAGCAGCUCUCCAGUUGGCAAUGUACCCUAUCAACCAUGCGUUGAUUUGAAUACGAGACUGGAAUAUAAUUAGGGGCGGGUCUAAAUAACAAUGUGAGCAAUAACUAUACAUUUGUAGCCUUACAGAGCAUUUCUUUUGUAGAAUGACCCCCAUUUGAAAGCUGGAAAUAGUC